AUGCGAAUAGGUGAUCUGAAACGAGCCGUCGAAGAUGUGAUACUUAGGCCGGAUCAAAACACUUUGAACGAUAUCGAUAAACGCGAUACCAUAGCUGCGCUGGAUUUAUGUCAGCCAGAACCAUCACCACCACUGCCAACAUGCACACCAUCGGCUGCUUCAAUGAAUGCUUGCUCGUGUUCCAGUGAAACUGUACCAGUGGAUGUACCACGUCCACCGCCUCCACUUUGCACUAGCACAAGUCUUGAUACGAUAGUAAAUCGUCCACAACCAGUACUUUACCGACACUCUGCUGGUGUUUCACGACGUCAGAGUCGCGUAUUGUCGUCUCUGCAAUCUAGAAGAAAGCGAAGCAAUUCAUUGACGAAUUAUCAGAAAAGUCCUGGUACGUCGGUGUCGUUACCGCCAUCGGCACGGCAAACACCAAUGCGAUUUGGUGACGAUGAUGCACAUAGGAGCUCACUUGGCUCAUCUGAUUCACAUUCGUCAGUAGCUCGAAGCGAAGAUUACUCUCAAGAUUAUGUAGCUGAGGAAGAUGAGACGGUCAUUUGUAAGUUCUUCAGUAUGUUUUUGGAACGUUAGUC